AUCAGCGACGAAAACUACUGGAUAAAUGUAGGGGACAUGUUGUCAGAAAAUGAGUUCCGCUGGUUUUUCGAAAAUGGUCACUCGGAGGUCAUCCCUCAUAACGGCUACACAAAUUUUGAAACAGGUCAACCUGAUAAUACAGGAGCUUUUGAACAUUGCAUAGAAAUUAGAUACAACGGGCACAAUGCACUUUGGAACGAUCGAAAUUGUGAUGCUGUACGAAAUUUCAUAUGUGAAGCAAAGCUCGGCGUACAAACAGAAAUUGUUGGAUGAAUUUUAUUGUGAGCUGGUUCAUUUAGAAAUUAAUGACAUAACAAUAAAGCUUAUUACCUUCUUUAUUUAAGAUA